GCGACGUCGGAGAGGAAGCACGGAGCCGUUCUCUCUGGCGCGGUCUCUCUCUAGAAAAAAAGGUGGAAAUUGAUCAUGUGAAUCGUAAAUCCGUCAAAAGUGUAUCCGUGACGUUGUUACAAUUUAUACAAAGAAUAUAUAAGGAUAGAAAAUAAAUAAAUAAAUCAGAAUAGAUAUAAAAACAAGAAAAAAAGAUACGAGUUUCAUAAAAUUAUUUAAAAAGGGGGUAAAAUAAAGUGAUGCUGCGUGUGUAUUUCUAAGAAAAAAAAAUAGAGAUCUAGAUUUUCAAAAUUUUCCUUAAAAAGAAAAAAAAGGAAAACCCUUUCGCCAGAACCAUUCAUCUCUCAAAAGUGAACCCGUUUUGCCCCAACUGGCUCUGUUCACUCGCCUUCAUGGGUCAGGUUCAGAAACCACAGUCGAACGCUGAGAGGAAUGCUGCCAAUGGCAAGCGCAACCUGCCCUUCCGUCAUCCGGACUUCUCGGAUGAUCAGAUCAGGCAGCUUACUGAGAUCGCCCGCUCUUACAAGUCCUCCAGCUCAGUGGCGUCCAAGCGCUCCACCUCUCGCCCGCCUUCGGGAUGCUCCUCGCCCAUUCUCUCGCCGACGAUACAGCGACUUCGGGCGGAGGGAUUUCCGCCCUUGGCCAGGUGCGGCUCGGACCCGGUCCUCCACGGCGCCCCUGCCCAGAAUGCCAUGAACACAGGCUCCCUCCCCGCCGACCUCGUCCCCGUGUCCACCUCCCCCUCGCCCACUGGACACGCCCACCACCACAAGCACCGGCGGGACCACAGAGUCAGGGACGCAGCGGCUAGAGUCUAUCGAAAUCCUGUUUAA